AUGCGAAUAUUUUUAGUAUUACUCUUGGUUAUUUCAGCAAGUGAGAGUAUUUUCGGAAUAAAACAGGAGCAAAAGGUAGAAGGAAAUGUAGUGAAUGCUCCCCAACUUUACAACAACCUUAAGGUAAACAAUCAAAUGAGAAUAAAGAGUGAAGUUGGAGAUUCAAGAAAUCCUUCUCAGAGUAAAAUAGGAAAAAUGGACAACGUUUUGAUGACUUCAAGAACAGGAGGAAUUGAAAAACAAGAUGGUGUUAAUGGUAUUUCUGAAGUUCAUGGUUACAAUAGUUUAAGAACCUCAGAAAUUAUUUAUAAUGGCACCCAAGCAUUGACUUUGAUUUUUUUUAUUUCAGUAAUUAUUUUUGGUUUCUCUAUUCUAGUGAUUGCCCUAGUUCCGAGGUAUGCAAGAAAAUUUGGUUUUAGGUCAAGAAGAGACGAGGUCCCUACAGAACAAGAUUGUGAUGAUUCUAGCCUUCAUGAUAUUGAAAGAAAAGUCUCAGUAGGAAGGGAAAAAAAGGAAAACAGCAUAGUGAACGGCCCUUCACUUUCUUUUGCUAAAGUAAAAAAUCAAUCAUUGAGAAGACACUCAUUGAUUUCCGAUGGUAGUUCAGAUAGUUGUAAAAUAGCAACAAGACCUCGAUCUUCUUCUUCUCUUCCAUCCGUCCAGGCAUUCACUGAAACAUUGGACGAAAGUACAACUGGGGAUGAAGGCAGUACAAGAACUAGCAAACAUAAUAGUUAUAAAAGCCUUAAGAAGAGACCACAUAAUAAUGAUGUAGUAGCAAAGAUAUAUAGAACAAAUGAGCAAAGUAGAUUUUCAAACAUUGCCUUUAAUAACAGCAAUACACAAAAAGAAGAUGAGGAUUCAGGGUUAUCUCCAACUUCGGCAUCUGCAGUUGUUGCAAUACAAAUGAGUGAGCUAAUUGCCAGAUGGAAUCCCAAAAAGGAUUCAAGAUUGAUUCAAAAGGCAAAUACUAUGACUAACGAAAAAAACUUUAAUGCAAGUUAA